CCAGGACACCUAGUUUUAACACAAAGAACCUGGCACAGACAUGGAAGGAGUGGAGGCAAGAGUUCAGUCCAUAUACAGAGCUAGGCCAUUGCUGAUAAGGAAGAGAAAGUGAUGGCUGAGGCUCCAAAAUGAAUUACUGUCUGCAAUGAAACAAAAAGCGCAACACUGAACAGAAACACCACCAUGUUUCUCAUUCCAUUUUUAAAGAUGAGGCAUAUGAGAAAGAAAGAGUUUUCCCCUGGCCACUGGUGCACAAGAAUAUCAUCAUGACUCAUUAUAACAUCAAAUGCAGGUGGUGAGUGCCCAUGGAAAUGCAGCCAAAAGAGGGAUACUGAGAAACAAAAAAGAGAUGGCAUCACCCCCUCAGAUGAUCAGGAAUGGAACAGCUGUCACUGAAUUUAUCCUCCUAGGACUUUCAAGCAACCCUGAGGACCAACUCAUUCUCUUUGGCCUAUUUCUUGUUAUUUACUUGGUGGCCUUGAGUGGGAACCUUCUUAUACUCCUCCUAAUCAGUAUGGACAACAGACUUCACAAUCCCAUGUAUUUCUUCCUGGGCAAUCUGUCUGUGGUGGACAUUGGGUAUACAACAUCCACAGUCCCCAAGAUGCUCAUGAAUUACCUCUCUCAGGACAAGAGAAUCUCCCUAGCUGGCUGCUUCUCUCAGAUGUAUUUCUUCAUCUCCUUUGGUGGCAUUGAGUGCCUUCUGCUGGGUGCCAUGGCAUAUGACCGGUAUGCAGCCAUUUGCCACCCAUUGCACUAUAGUGUGCUUAUGAGCUCAAAAGUGUGUGCCUCCCUUGCAGCAGCUGCUUGGAUUCUUGGUUUGUCUAACUCAGGUGUGCACGCUGGCCUGAUGUCCCUUUUAUCCUUCUGCCAGGACAAUGUCAUCCAACACUUUUUCUGUGACAUUCCACCCUUAUUCCAGCUCUCUUGCUCUGACACUCAAGCCAAUCAAAUUGCUACCUUUGUGGUGGGUGGAGGUGUGAUCAUGGGUUCAUUCUUGGUUACUCUUGUGUCUUAUGUCUACAUAGUCCUGGCCAUUAUCAGGAUUCGCACCAAGGAAGGGUGUCUCAAGGCAUUUUCCACCUGCGCUUCACACUUGACUGUAGUCAACAUUUACUUUGGCACCAUCAUCUUCACAUACAUACGUCCCAACUCCACUUACUCCCAAGAGCAGGACCGGGCCUUGCCUGUGCUCUAUGGGAUCCUCACACCAAUGCUUAAUCCAAUCAUCUACAGCUUAAGGAACAAGGAUGUGCAAGGGGCACUUCGGAAGGUCAUGAAAAGGACUUAA